GCGGAACGGGGCGGGAGUUCCAGUAGGAGGCGGCAGGUUUGAAAAGUGACAACGGUCGGUGUUUGCUGAUUUUUGAGUUCGUCUGUAGCUGCCCCGCGGACUCGCAGCCUUCCUGUGGGCGGCUGUUGCGGUAGGUGAGCGCAGACACUCGCGGACAGAGGACGCGAGACUGAGUGUGCCCUCUCGCUCCGGAGCAGCCGGCGGGAGCUGGGACGCGGAGCCUGGCAGUGUUUUCGUUACGCGCAGAGCUGGGGAGGAGGCUGGAGAAGCCAGCCCCUGGGAGACUAACAGGAGACUCCCAAGAUGGAAACUUUGUCUUUUCCCAGAUAUAAUGUAGCUGAAAUUGUGGUUCAUAUUCGAAACAAAAUCUUAACAGGAGCUGAUGGUAAAAACCUCUCCAAGAAUGAUCUUUCUCCAAAUCCCAAGCCUGAAGUCUUGCAUAUGAUCUACAUGAGAGCUUUACAGAUAGUAUAUGGAAUUCGACUGGAGCAUUUUUACAUGAUGCCAGUGAACUCUGAAGUCAUGUAUCCACAUAUAAUGGAAGGCUUCUUACCAGUCAGCAAUCUGUUUAUUAAUUUGGACUCAUUUCUGCCCAUCUGUCGGGUGAAUGACUUCGAGAUUGCUGAUAUUCUAUAUCCAAAGGCAAAACGGACAAGUCGGUUUUUAAGUGGCAUUAUCAACUUUAUUCACUUCAGAGAAGCAUGCCGUGAGACAUACAUGGAGUUUCUUUGGCAAUAUAAAUCUUCUGUGGACAAAAUGCAGCAGUUAAAUACUGCACACCAGGAGGCAAUAAUGAAAUUGGAGAGACUUGAUUCUGUUCCAGUUGAAGAGCAAGCAGAGUUCAAGCAGCUUUCAGAUGAUAUUCAGGAGCUGCAGCAGUCGCUGAAUCAAGAGUUUCGUCAAAAAACGAUAGUGCUGCAAGAGGGAAAUUCACAAAAAAAGUCAGAUAUUUCAGAAAAAACCAAGCGUUUGAAUGAACUAAAAUUGUCAGUGGUUUCUUUGAAAGAAGUACAAGAGAGUUUGAAAACAAAAAUUGUGGAUUCUCCAGAGAAGCUUAAGAAUUAUAAAGAAAAAAUGAAAGAUACAGUCCAGAAGCUUAAGAAUUCCAGACAAGAAGUGAUGGAAAAGUAUGAAAUCUAUCGAGACUCUGUUGACUGCCUGCCUUCAUGUCAGCUGGAGGUGCAGCUAUAUCAAAAGAAAAUACAGGACCUUGCAGAUAAUAGGGAAAAAUUAACCACUAUCUUAAAGGAGAGCCUGAACUUGGAGGACAAAAUUGAGAGUGAUGAGUCAGAACUGAAGAAAUUGAAGACUGAAGAAAAUUCCUUUAAAAGACUGAUGAUUGUGAAGAAGGAAAAACUUGCCACAGCACAGUUCAGAAUAAAUAAGAAGCAUGAGGAUGUCAAGCAGUACAAACGCACCGUGAUUGAAGAUUGCAAUAAAGUUCAAGAAAAAAGAGGUGCUGUCUAUGAGCGAGUAACCACAAUUAAUCAAGAAAUCCAAAAAAUUAAAUUUGGAAUUCAACAACUAAAAGAUGCUGCUGAAAGGGAGAAACUGAAGUCUCAGGAAAUAUUUCUCAGCUUGAAAGCUGCUUUGGAGAAAUACCAUGAAGGCAUUGAAAAGGCAACAGAGGACUGUCACACUAAAAUAGAUGAGAAAACAGCUGAACUGAAGAAAAAGAUGUUCAGAAUAUCAACCUGAUUAACAAAAUUACACGUCUUUUUGUAAAUAGCUUGCCAAUUUUUAAUUUUAUAUUCGGAAAGGGAAUAGUUAAGUUGAAGUUAAUGGAAGUAUCAAAAGUACCAAAUAAUGUUUGCUCAGUUAUUUUUUAUAUACUCUCAUAGGUUAUUAUUUUGUAAGAUAAUGCAAUUAAUGUAGACUUUUAUGAACUUAAAAUUAAAAUGGCUUGUGCAGCCAUUCAUGUCUCUACUCUGCUCCUUGUUGUAAGUGGUGCUUGGAGUAAAACAGAAAUAAUUGCAUUUGAAAUAUAUAAUGUUUCUCUGUUAUUAUC